UAGAGACCGGAAGUGUAAGUGUGACAUCACAGCGACGCUGAGGUCAGAUAUCCUCUCUUACAGCCAUCUUGGAUCCUGUGCCCCGAACUUUCCACAAUGCCAGGCGAAGCCACAGAAACUGUCCCUGUUACAGAGCAGGAGUUGCUGCAGCCUCAAGCAGAGACAGCCACACCUGCUGGUCCUCUACCUCCUGCUGCUGCUGCCCCUGCUUCCUCUAAGGCAAAGUCUAAAGAGGGCAAGGCUAACCCCAAGCUGUCCACAUCUCCUCAUACCUCUGCCUCUAAACCUGUUCCUACUGGACGCAGGAAACGCUCCUCUUUAUCUGCCUCCUCAAGCUCCCCUAUCUCUCCCAAAUCUGCCUCUGGCCCCCAUGCAACCACCCCUUGCUCCCCUCUGGCUUCACCUCCAGCUGACUCUCCUGCCACUGGCAAAGCUGAGCAAAGUGCUCCCAAGGUUGUAAAAGCUGGCAAACAGGGGAAGCAACAAAAAGCAAAACAUUUUAAACCUGCCGAACAAGAAGUUGCGCCCGUUUCCACUUCAAAGCCUGCUCAGGAAAAUAAAGCCCCCAAAGUUUUAACUGAAGUUGCAAAAGUAGAAACCCCUGCGGUUUCAGAAUCCAAACCAUCUCCCCUUCCAAAAGCAGCUGCUAAACCUGAGCCUGCCCCAAAGUCAGCCCCAGCCUCUUCUGUUAGUAAAGCAGAGGCUUUAAAAGAUAAGCCAACCCCUGCUCCCGUUUCCCCUCCAAAACCUUCUCCCCAGGUUUUCCCUGCAGCAGUAGAGGAUGAUGAUCUCCCACCUCUCAUACCACCUGAAAAUCCUGUUACAAUGCCUAUUUUCCCCCCCAUGCCACCUAGCACAUUCCCUGUAGUCACCCCAGCAGCUCAUGAAGCUAAACCUGUCAGUAAAGGUGAGUCUACCCCUAAAGCUAAGGCUGCUUCUGCCCCUAAAGUUAAGCCUGUCCAGAAAGCCGCCCCUAAAGCUGAGGUUGCUGCCCCUAAAGCUGAGGUUGCUGCCCCUAAAGCUGAGGUUGCUGCCCCUAAAGUUGAGGUUGCCCAAAUUGCUGAAGCUGUCCCUAAAGCUAAGGUUGCCCAAAAAGCUGAGGCUGCCCCUAAAGUUGAGGUUGCCCAAAAAGCUGUCCCUAAAGUGGAGGCAGCCCCUAAGGCUGAGGUUGCCCAAAAAGCUAAAGCUGAGGCCGCCCCUGCCCCAAAAGCUGAGGUUGCCCAAAAAGCUGCCCCUAAAGUUGAGGUUGCCCAAAAAGCUGUCCCUAAAGCGGAGGCUGCCCCAGCCCCUAAGGCUGAGGUUGCCCAAAAAGCUAAAGCUGAGGCCGCCUCUGCCCCAAAAGCUGAGGUUGCCCAAAAAGCUGUCCCUAAAGCUGAGGCUGCCCCUAAAGUUGAGGUUGCCCAAAAAGCUGUCCCUAAAGCGGAGGCUGCCCAAGCCCCUAAGGCUGAGGUUGCCCAAAAAGCUAAAGCUGAUGCCGCCCCUGCCCCUAAAGCUGAGGUUGCCCUAAAAGCUGGCCCUAAAGCGGAGGCUGCCCCAGCCCCUAAGGCUGAGGUUGCUCAAAAAGCUAAAGCUGAGGACGCCCCUGCCCCUAAAGCUGAGGUUGCCCAAAAAGCUGUCCCUAAAGCUGAGGCUGCCCCUAAGGCUGAGGUUGCUCAAAAAGUUAAAUCUGAGGUUGCUCAAAAAGUUAAAUCUGAGGUUGUCCAAAAAGUUAAAUCUGAGGUUGUCCAAAAAGCUGAAGCCGCCCCCGCCCCUAAAGCUGAGGUUGCCCUCAAACCUGCAGCUGCCCCUAAAGUUGAGGUUGCCCAAAAAGCUGAAGCCACCCCUAAACCUGAAGCUGCCCCUAAAGCUGAGUCUGCCCCCAAAGCUGAGGCUGCUGCCCCUAAAGACAAGUCUGCCCCUAAAACCAAGCCUGCACCUAAAGCAGAGGUUGCCCCUAAAGCUGAACCUGCUCUUAAGGUGGAGCCCACUCCUGCACCUAAAGCAGAGGCCACUCCUGCUGCUAAAGCUGAGGUUGCCCCUAAACCUGACACUGCCCCAAAAACUGAGUCUAUCCUUGCCCCUAAGGCAGAGGCUGCAGCUGCCCCUAAAGUUGAAUCUGCCCCUGUUCCCCCACCAGUAAAGGCCCCAUCUGUGCUGGAGCCAGUCAUCAAGAACGACAAGGGGUCUGGCACUGAAUCUGACAGUGAUGAAUCUGUUCCCGACCUGGAGGAGCAGGACUCUGCACAGGCACAGACACAGCAGGCACAGCUUGCAGCAGCUGCUGAAAUCGACGAGGAACCUGUCAGCAAAGCAAAACAAAGCAGAAGCGAGAAGAAAGCCAGAAAGGCUAUGUCCAAAUUGGGUUUGAGACAAGUCGCUGGUGUUACCAGGGUCACCAUUCGCAAGUCCAAGAACAUUCUUUUCGUCAUCACUAAACCAGAUGUCUACAAAAGUCCAGCUUCAGAUACUUACAUCGUCUUCGGCGAGGCAAAGAUUGAAGACCUGUCCCAGCAAGCUCAGUUGGCUGCUGCCGAGAAGUUCAAGGUCCAAGGAGAAGCCGUUUCAAACAUCCAGGAAAACACACAGACGCCCACAGUACAGGAGGAGAGCGAAGAGGAAGAGGUUGACGAGACUGGCGUGGAGGUUAAGGACAUUGAGCUGGUCAUGUCGCAGGCCAACGUGUCUAGGGCAAAGGCUGUGCGUGCACUGAAGAAUAACAAUAACGACAUUGUCAAUGCUAUAAUGGAAUUGACGAUGUAGAAGGAAGCGAGGGACUGGGUCACGAUAAGAUGUUGCUGAUUUGAUCUGCAUUAUUGUUUGUACAAUUUAUAUCCAAGAGAAAUAAAGGUGUGGAUUGAUGAAAUUA